AAACGGCAGCGUUUUAAACUGGCCAUUGGCUUCAUUUUCCGUUACCAAUAUAAAAACAGAGUCAAGCGCUUGGGAAAAAUAUGAAAGGCUUAGAAAUGGUGGUGACGUCUUUCUCUUCAACGCCUCCUAUCUUCUUCUCUUCCUCCCCGCUUUCUUCUUCGAAUCUCCGUGGACGCUUCACGAUCCCUUCCUCUCCCUCUUCUCUCUUAAACGGACUAAGAAGACACCAAGAUGCAAAGUUGGUGGGUACAAGGGCCAGAGGUGGAGCAGUUCGAGUCCUAGCAAAUCCAAAUGCAUCAUCUCCUCCUCCAGGGAAAGUAAAGGCCAAAAAAGAAGUAAUCAUGGUAGACCCUGUUGAGGCCAAGCGGCUUGCUAGUAAGCAAAUGGAAGAGAUUAAAGGCAGAGAGAGGCAACAGCGAAGGCGUGAAGUAGAAGCUAUAAACGGAGCCUGGGCAAUCAUAGGACUCUUGAUAGGGCUUGUGAUCGAAGCCCAAACAGGAAAGGGUAUUCUUGCUCAGUUGGAUGGCUAUUGGUCUGCGGUUCUUCAUCUAUUCACUUCAUCAGCACAAAUAUAACAUAUCUAAAAUCAUAUGUUUAAUUAAAUUAAUAUAAUAUUAUUAAUAUAAAUUAUGCAUAAAAAUUAAAAAUUAA